GCUUUCUUCUCUCUUGGCUAAAGAAGAAUUGAACUUGAAUGUGCAGCAAGUUAUCGUUAACAGUUGCUGUGAACCAUUGCUCUUGUGCAGUGCAAGGCAAAACAGCCAGGCAAAGUCUUUUCUGACAAUCAUCAGCAACUUAGCACACCAGUGUGCCUACCACUGCCUGCCAGAUGUUGACAUACCUACUCACAGUUCUGCACUGACCUCUGAGGAUAUCUCCACUCAGCCCCCAUCCUCUGGGAAUGACUUGAGCCAGCACACACUCACUGCCUCCUCCCUGGAUUUCCUGAAGUCUCAGUCGAAGCUAAUGGCCACAGUGGCAUGUCUGACUGCAUCUAAUAUACAGAAAAUUGCCAAAUCGAGUUUAUCUUGGAUGGAAUUUCGAGGCAAACGGGAAGUGCCCUUAAGCUUGGAUCAGAUUUCCAGGGAGUGUGAGGCAUUGUUAAAGGAGUUCCCAAUAUUGGAACGAUUUCUUCUUGCUAUGUUUGAGCCACUUCAGAAUCAGCAAGAGGAGGGUAGCAGUUUGUCUACUGUCCUCUCUGGCAAGGCAUACAUAUCUCUAGUUCUCCUAGGACUGCAUUCCACCACAGCUGUUAAGGUAUUAAUGGGAGUCUUUGAACAAGCUCUUGCUGCCAAGGAGUGGGACAGAGCUCUGAAGGUCUUGGAUCUGUACAGUCAGGAUGUGGAGGAACUGAUCAGCGUGAAGGAUUCUGUGCUGAGCUGUGCAACUGCUGAAGAUAAGGAUGGUUGGCAAUACUUGUUCCAAGUGAAAAAUGCAACGCUGAGAAGUAGGCUGGCCCUGCGCUAUCUGGACAAAUGGCCCCUUGAUGCAUGUUUGGAAAUCCUAGCUUAUUGCAUUUCUGAUUUGGGCGUAACUGACGAACUAAAAGCCAGUCUGCAGAGCAGGAAGAAAGAACUUCAGGUUUAUCAGAAGAUUUUGAAUAUGCAAAAUGAACCGUUGUGGAAUGACUGGCAGGAUCUGAAAAAAGCCUGCACUGAUGACCCCCAGACUGUCAUGCACAUCAUUCUGAAAGCAAAGCAUUAUGAAUUGUGUGAGGAAUGGGGGCACUUGUAUCCAGUCCCAAGAGAAGACUUGAUCAACCUUCACCGUGGGCACCUUCUCCACUUACUGGAGAUGGGAGACAUGGAAAAAGCAUUGCAGCUUUUACAAAGAGUUGAAGACCCUGGUAUUUGCCUUGCCAUCACUGAACAGUCCCUUGACCAGCAUCCGAAUUUGGCAGCCUCUCACUUCUUGGCUGAUUAUCUCACAGCUCACUUCUAUGCAAAUCUGACAACAGCACGCCGUAAUGAAAUCCAGGCUCUCUAUAUGGGAUCCAAAGUGCUGCUGACUCUGCCUGAGUUCUCCCGGGUUAACUACUUCCACCUCUCCUCCAGGCCACUGCUCAUGCUGGAACAGCUCCUCAUGAACAUGAAGGUGGACUGGGUAGCUGUCGCUGUGCACACACUGCACCAGCUCUUAGCUGGUCAGGAAAUCGGUUUUGCUGUAGAAGACAUUGACCAUUUGCUCUCCAAGUAUGCAGAAAAAGCUCUCAACUUCCCUUUCGCGUUAAAAGAAAAGAGAUCAGAUUCUCUGAUACGUAUCCAAGAAAGUCUCAGUCAGGUAUUAGAGAGUGAAGCACUGUCUAAAUCAGGAUCAUCGGAACUAUCUCCUGUCAGCUUUACUGGUGUCACCAUAUCUGCAAGUCCGAGAGACAGAAGUCUGCAGCAGAAUUUGUUUCCUCAAGAAUUUGUGCCUCCUGAGAAGCCACCACCAAAGCAGAAAUGGAUACCUGAUGACACCGAGACAAUAUGUAUGGUUUGCAGAACUGAACGCUUUACUAUGUUCAACAGGCGCCAUCACUGCAGGCGCUGUGGCAGGCUGGUGUGCAGCUCUUGCUCCACCAAGAAAAUGGCAUUAGAGGCUUGCCGAGAAAAUCUGUCUCGUGUGUGCGAUCAGUGCUAUAGCUACUACAACAGAGAACAGCUGCUUGGCUUGGUACAUGACACAAGCACCAGAAAAGAAGAUGAGGACCAAGUGGAAGAAACUUCUAAUAACGAGUAUUCCACGAUGGUGCGCAUACCCAAGACGACUGAGCUUGAAUGGAUUUUUUCCCUGAAUGAGGAGGAGAAUGAAAUUGUACGCAGUGAAUUUUAUUAUGAACAGGCUCCCAGCUCCUCCUUGUGUAUUGCCAUCCUUAGCCUGCACAGUGACAGCAUAGUGUGUGGCCACCAAUUGAUAGAACACUGCCGCAAGUUGUCCCAAGGGCUCACUAAUCCGGAGGUGGAUGCUGGUCUCCUUAUGGACGUCAUGAAACAAUUGCUCUUCAGUGCCAAAAUGAUGUUUGUGAAAGCUGGAAGGAGCCAGGAUCUAGCGCUCUGUGACAGCUACAUCAGCAAAGUGGAUGUGUUGAAUAUUUUGGUUGCUGCUGCCUACCGUCCAAUACCAUCUUUGGAUCAGAUUCUUCUCCCUGCAGCAGUAACAAGAUUAAGAAAUCAGCUUCUGGAAGCAGAGUACUAUGAACUAGCUGUAGAGGUUUCUACAAAAUCUGGGUUGGAUCCAGGUGGAGCCUGGCAUGCCUGGGGAAUGGCUUGCCUUAAAGCUGGAAAUUUAAGUUCAGCAAGAGAGAAGUUUAACCGAUGUUUAAAGCCGCCUAUGGAUCUAAACCAGCUGAACCAUGGUUCGAGACUGCUGCGGGAUGUGAUACAGUACUUGGAGUCCACAGUGAAGCCCAUACUCAUUGCGGAUGAUGAUUACUUUGCCACACUGAGGGAACUUGAAGCAACGCUGAGAACGAGAAGUCUGUCUCUGGAGAUGAUGUGUGAGGGGAAGAUUCAACACAACAGCUACUAUCAAGAGUGUCUGUUCUAUUUACACAGUUAUGGCACUAAUCUGGCGAUAAUAAGCUUUUACAUGAGACACGACUGUAUGAGAGAAGCACUUCUUCACUUGUUAAAUAAG